GCAUGAAAUCGCGUAUCCUUCGCUCGUUCCUGACAUGCCCGUUUCCUCACCAUCAGUAUCGUUCCAAGAUAACAGAACUCACCGACCAGGACGCAGUCAAAGACGGCAAGAUGGCCGGCGCGGCGGCGACCCAGUUUGGCCAGAUGCGUGAUCUGCUCAGAUGCGUUGGUGAUCACAUUCGGAACAAGACCCAGCUCCGCAGACUCUGUCUUGUGAGCAAGGUCUUCAACGGUGCCUUCACGCCAGCCCUCUACUCCGAGAUGGAGAUCGUGACGCGCGAGGACGAGAGGGAGAAUUUCCUGAACGCGAUCGCAUCCAACCCACAUCUCCACCAUGUGCGCCGCCUUCAGUGCAACUUCAGCCAUCCGGGCCCUGUGAAUGACCUCGUGCGGUCGCUCGUGGAGCGUAUGCCUCAGCUCCAAGAGUUUGAGUGGGAUGGCGGCUGCUUGCACCAAGAGACCAUGUCGGCCUUGAUUCGUUCAUGCCCUGAACUGAAGGCCUUUGUGACCAUCUUCGUCCCCGGACAGCCGAGCGGCUAUGAGGAGCCCGUCGAGUUCGGGGAGUUGGACGAAGCCAGGGCCGGAGGGGAGGCCAUUGAGGACGACACGAUUGUGGCAGGGAUGCGCCAUCUCGCCCGAUUCGCGGGGCUCACCAAGCUCACCGUGGGGGAGAUGUACGAGGCCCCCGUGGCUGGCACCGAGGGCCGCUGGGCCGAGGAUAUUGUGGAAAUCCUCCUUGCCUGCCCUGAUCUCGAGGAGCUGACACUGAGCUUCAGCGAGCACUGCAUCGAAGAUAGCCAGGGCGCCUUCGACAGAGGGUGCGGAGAGUUCUUCAGGCUCGUAUGCUUCAACUACAAGAAACGCGCCGCCCGUCCCUUGCGACUCAAGGUCCUCCGCCUUGGGCUCGGAGUCAUCCUGCGCCGCGAUCCAGCCACCAAGCUGGUGCCUCAAGACAUCUCGGGCCUGACGGACCUGUCUGUGCUUGAGGAGCUCUACGUCGACUGCCGAAAGACCAGCCCCUUUGGUAACCACGGCCUCGAGGAGGGCCUCGGGGCUCGCAGGAUUCCUUGGGACUUGUUCACGCCCGAUUCAGCCCCAUCUCUUGCGCGAGUAGGCCUGUUUCCUUGCCCGAGAAACCUGGACUACCUCCCGAUGCCCCUCUUCUCGCUUCUACAGCUCCCGCCCGACAGCGAGCUUCAUCAGUCCGAAGUCCGCAGACGGCCGCCCUCCCAGAACAACCAGGUCACUCUUCGUCUGUGGGCCUUCGCCGCCGUCGCCAUCUGUCCGUCCAUAUACACCAGGAAUGUAGGCUUUAUCAGCUCGACCAUAAAGACACACAGGGCGCCGGUCGCGUCCGUGAUGGUGGCUGCGCACGAGGGUUCCCUGCCAGAUACGAACGAAGCCUGGGAGGCGUACAUGGGCCUGGCCUCCAAAGCAAGCAGCGUCUUCCUCCAGGCGACGGUGCGCGACCCCAGGGACGGGCUCACGUACCAGGAGCAGCUGGAGGCCAUGCUGGCGCGGACGCCGGGCCUGCGCGUGCUCGUGGUCGGCGCGCCGUGGGUGUGCAUGGCGCAGCCGUUCCGCCACUCGACGGUCGAGCAGAUAGAGGCCAGGGCCGCCGCGAACUCGGAGCACAACAGGCUGGCGAGCAGCCUGCGGUGGCGCAAGGCGCUGGCCCGGCGCCUGGCCGAGACGGGACGGGGCCUACGCAUCGUCAAGAUCGGGCGCCACGCGUGGAGGGUGCAGCGCGGCGUGGGAGACGUCGGCGCGGACCAGGUCACGCUGCUGAGCAUGGACCGCUACGAACAGCGGCACCUGGAGAACUUCCGGCCGCCCAGCCACCUGUAUCCCGAGUUCGUCAUGUUCAGGAUUUGUUCCAGUCUUGGCCAGAGGCACGAGUACGAGGCCAUGAUGCGGUGAUGGUCAGAACUGGCGGGCUGGUUUCUGUGGUUAUGGUGGAAAUACCCAAUGGAGAUCCCAAUUGGCAGGGAUUAACCAGGGGCCAAAGCACGACUGUGGUGCCGAUCAUUACAUAGAUAGAACCACGAUGUUGCCGUGGGAAUCAAUUGUAAAACAGCAGCAGAUGUACCAGACUCGGCACGAAUAGCCUGGUUCCGACUUGGGAUGUAGCAACACCGUACCUUGCAGUUUACUGUGCGGAAGUGGGGACCACAGCAGGUAAUUGGAUUCAGCCAAAAGCAACCAGCAAACCUGGAAACAUGGAAACCUACCAGGAAAUGGCGAAAUAACACGCUAUGCACAUGUCCCUGACAAACAUAAAGGCUAGCACGCAAAGUUUGGAAACAAAACCUUCCCCAACCAGGAUUACCCUUGUCGAAGCUCCUGACAAGAAGGCGGAGCCAAAAGCUUGUCCCCUGGCCGAAUCGCUGAACAUUCUGGAACAGCCACAGAACCUGCCUGUGCGGAAGUAAGAAAACGGCCAGCGGCAGGGAAGCCUCCCGUCUUGGCCCCCGUCUUGGUCCACGCCUUCCCCACAUCGCGGGGCCGGUCACUCUCGUCGC